AUGAAUGAAGAACAGCGGACCUUAGACGAGGGAGUGCCUAGGGAUCAUAUCCCAGAAAGCCCGUCUUAUCUAGGGGCCGAGAUAAAGCAUUCAAGAUCAAGAAAUGAGCCCCAAGGUGAAAGCCUAGAGGACCUCACUGGUUCUAUCAACCGUCUUGAAAAGACCAUGAUAGGAAUGAAACCUGAGUCUCCAAUAAGAGCUGAGCAGCUUCAGAGCCUCGGUAACGCGUACAGGAGUCGCUACGACAAGACAAAGUCCCUUGUUGAUCUAAAUAAUUCUGUUAAAUACCUUGAAGAGGCUCUGUGGGCUUGGUCAGUGGAUGAUCCCGACUACUCUGAGCUUGUUCAACAACUUGGCCUUGGAUACGUGGAGAGGUACGAAAGAGAAUCCAGAUUGGCAGAUCUAGACAAGGCACUUGAACAUUUCCAUAAAGGCUUGGAAUUAUCCCCUCAAGGUCACUUAGCUCGUGGUCACCGACUGCAUAACGUUGGAGCUGCACUAUAUCUUCGCUUUCUUGUCGAGCAGAAGCCGGAAGACCUUGACGAUGCUGUGGAGGUGCUUGAAGAGAGCAUUGCAAUUGAGACAACAAAUUCUGGUAGAGCCCGUCGACUCAAUGCUCUUUCGGUCGUUUUGGAUGAGAGAUAUGCUAUAAAGGGGGAUAAUAGAGACACUGAAAGAAGCCUUAACCUCCUUCGCGAAGCUGCAGACAUAACACCAUCAGAUUCUGCAGAGAGAGCAAUCGCGCUCCACAACAUUAGAAACCGUUAUUUAGAUCUAUAUCAGAAAACUGGAGCCUCAACAGAUAUUGAGAAAGCCAUGGAAUUUUGCCACCAGGCGCUAGAAAUUACGCAAACGGACGAUGUAAAGCGGGCAUCCUUUCUCAAAGCUCUGGGCGACAGCCAUAUGAUGAGAUUCGAAGAUCAAGGAAAACAAUCCGAUUUGGAACAGGGAUUGAGGCAUCUUCAAAAUGCAGUAGAGUCACAUCUGGAUGGUAGCGCAGAUUGGCUCAGCGCGCUACAAAGUCUGGCCACUGCACACGUUACCCGAUAUGAAAAUUUCAUGGCAAUUUGUGAUUUGGAAGUCGCAAUUCAACACUAUGAGAAAGGCCUAAACUCACCCGCUGCUGUUGGAAAGAGAUUCCAAGCUGAUAUUUCAAUGAAUAUGGGUGCCUGUUACUUCAAUAAGUACGGAAGGAGCAGAGACUUACAAGAUCUGGAAGAGUCUAUGCGGCUGUUCGAAACGGCUCUAAGCCUGACACCACUGGGACACCCUGAUCGCCCACAGAAUCUCUCAAACGUGAGUGCUGCGUAUUCGGAAAGAUUUAUGCGAACCAGAUGUACCGAAGAUAUAGAUCGAUGCAUUGCACUGGCUAGGGAAGCGACCGAUUUGACACCAAGAGGCCAUCACGACCAUGCGCAGCAAUGUCGAAAUCUUGGCUCCGCAAUACAAGACAGAUACAGAGUCUUUAAUUCGGAAGCGGAUUUAAUGGAGUUUAUUCAAAAAUUCGAGGACUCCGUCGAUGCGACCCCGGCCCAUCAUCCAGAACGGGCAGACCGUCUUCGGCGGCUAGCCCUCGCUUAUGGUGAAGCUCACAGCCAGACACGAGCCACCGCAGAUUUACAAAAGGCAAUUAAAAUAUCUCGGGAGGCGCUGCAUCAUCGGAGCUCUCCAAUACGGCAUCGCAUGGGUCCUGGAGUUAGCUUAUUGGGUGUGCUGGCCGGGAUGAAGCUCUGGGAAGAGGCGUACGAGGUCGCCCACAUGACUGUUCUCCUUGUUCCUCAACUCACACCUCGCUUCCUUGAGAACUUGGACAAACAGUAUUUGCUGGAUAUUGCCGGCCAGCUAUCCUGUGAUGCUGCAGCCGUAGCAUUGAAUGCUGGGAGGUCACCUUUCGACGUAAUAGAGUUGCUCGAGAUGGGUCGUGGGGUCAUUUCUGGGUCGCUCAGCGAGAUUCGCAGUGAUGUAUCAGACCUUCGGCGGGAAUAUCCCGAGCAUGCAGAUAAAUUUGUGCGGCUCCGAGACCAAAUCGACUCUUCCCGGGUCUCUGCUGCCUCUUCAGCUGAUACACGCUACGAUGCGGCCCAAAAGUUUGAGCAGCUCAUUCAGGAGAUUCGGGCCUUGCCUAAUCAAGACCAUUUUCUUCUAGCUCCAUCGGCAGAAGAGUUGAAAACCGCUGCGGAUCAGGGUCCUAUCGUGAUGAUCAACGUAAGCGAAUUUGGAUGUGAUGCGUUGAUUAUCCGGCACAACCAGAUUAAGAGUCUACCGCUACCUGAUCUCUGCAGCAAUGACAUCCAGACUCGUGCAGAUUCUAACUUGGCCGAUAAUGAUUUACUCGAGUGGCUCUGGACGGCCAUAGCCAGGCCCGUCCUUGAAGAUUUAGGUUACAACAAAACUCCUACAACGAGCAGUUGGCCCCGUAUUUGGUGGGUGCUUUCAGGACUACUCACCAAGUUCCCUCUUCAUGCAGCAGGCUACCACUUCCCUGACGGCUCAGAAUCAGUCCUCGAUAGAGUCAUAUCAUCCUACAGUGUUUCAGUGAAAGCAAUCAUCCUUGCCCGGAAGACCUCGGCCAACAAAAUAAAUAUGUCUGGUCAAGAAAAGAUCGUGCUUGUGCCUAUGCAGAAGACGCCCCUCCAGGACGACCUUGAUUUUGUCAAUACUGAGAUCGAAAAAGUAUCGAGCCUCUGUCAGGAAACUCUGCGGGUUGACAAGCCUCGGCCGUAUCGAGACGGUGUCCUCUCUGCGUUGCGCCACUGCGAGGUAUUCCAUUUCGCCGGGCAUGGACAAACGGACAUAAUGGAUCCAACAAAGAGCUGUCUACUCCUGAAAGACUGGAGAGAUGACCCUUUAACAGUGGCCCAUCUUCUUGAGACUAAUUUAUCCUCCCGCAAACCGUUUCUUGCGUACCUUUCAGCGUGUGGCACCGGAAGGAUGAAGCACAACACACUUGUCAAUGAGGGCCUCCACUUGAUGAGCGCAUGCCAAAUCGCUGGAUUUCAACAUGUCAUUGGUACGUUGUGGGAGGUGAAUGAUAGUCUGUGCGUUGAUGUAGCUGUCGAAGUGUAUAAAUGGAUGCUCAGCAAAGGUAUGACAAACGUCUCGCCCAGCGAAGGUCUUCAUCACGCAACUCGACAUCUUCGAAACCGAUGGGUGGUGGAAAAUGCUGCAAGAGGCGCAGUGAAUCUCGUUAGGAUGAGGCAAGUGAAUGCAAAUUGGAAGGACAGUCUAGAAGACGGGAGAUCUAGGGACGUCGAAAGUUGUGAUGAAGUUCUUAGCCCAGCAGAUUGGGUUCCAUACGUCCAUUUUGGCUUAUAA